AGCCGCGCGGCGCGCGGGAAGGGUCGGUGCGCGGCUCUGCUGUCGGGCGAGCGGGCGCUUUGCUGUGGCUACUGGGGAUCUGGCGUUCUGUUCCACCCCUCGCUUCCUUUCGCGUCUGCUCACGCUGUCUGUGGCCCUCAGGACACUCACGGGGCCAGCCCAGGCCUGGCAGGGAGUAACGUCCCACAGCGAGGGCCAGUGCCCUGUUACUUUUCAGAAGCUCAGCCCAGGCCUCGGUGGCUUCAUCAUGGAUGAAAUUGUCGCUGAGUAUAUCCGAAGAACUGUACUAAAAAUACCACGAGAUGAAAUCAAGACGAUGCUACAAAAAUGGGGGUUUCUCUCUGAAGCGCAGCUGCAAACUGUAAACUUUCAGCAGACAAAGGAAAACAUUUCUCAAGAAGUUGUUCAACUCUGUGAGGAAAAUUCUACAGACAUAAAGCAAGCAGCUGUCCUAGACAUAAUUUACAACAACAUCUACCCAAACAAAAGGGUGUGGAGUGUUUACCAGAUGAACAAAACAGGGGAAGAAAUGGAAUUUUUUGACUUAACAGAGUUCAAAAAAAAAUUUAAAAGACACCUUCGAUCAGCCUUGAAAAAUGUCACCAUCAACUUUAGAGAAUACGAAGAUAAUGCAAUCUGGAUCCGAAUUGCCUGGGGAACACCGUAUACAAAACCAAACCAGUAUAAAACCAGCUAUGUUGUAUACCAUUCACAGACUCCUUACGUCUUCAUUUCUGUCUCAGUGCUGAAGAGCAACUUGCCUCUGUUGUGUCAGGCCCUGAUCGCUGCUUCCAAUUACCAUCACAUACGUGAAAUGGAGCUUCGAAGUCAUUCCUUAAACUCUCUUAAAGAUAUUGUGUUUAAGAGAUACAGCCAGAACUUCCAAACUUAUCAUCCGAGACCUCUACAAGAAAGGAACGGAGCACUAGAAUGUGUAGAUUUAAGGAUAGUUCAAGAAAACAAAAAGGAGAAAGAAAGAAUACAGAGAUUGAAUCGGGAAGCUUUUGGCGAUGGUCCCCAACCAAAACUUGAAUUUGCACAAUAUAAGCUUGAAACAAUAUUAAAAAGUGAUCCUAAAAUGGAUGUUUUGGAUAAAAACCCAUUCAGAUGUGUGGUCAAAUUUUCUAGUCCACAUCUUUUAGAGUCUCUGAAAUCCUUGGCACCAGCAGGUAUGGCUGAUGCACCACUUUCACCACUACUUACAUGUAUACCACAAAAAGCUAGGAAUUAUUUUAAAAUUAGAGAGAAAAAAGGUGUCUUUCCAGAAAGCUUUGUAAGCCCUUAAUUUAAAAUUGAUUCAUAGAGCUCGUUCAUACAGCUCAUUUAACACUGGUAUUUAA